AUGGGUAGAGCAAGCCAAACUCCUUCAUCUGACGAAACGCGAGGCGACUAUUUCGGUGUCUCGGUAGCGAUUGAUGGAGACACCGCCCUCGUUGGAGCCCAUCGUACGAACGAACCGUUAGCAGAUAGCGGUGCCGUCUACGUUUUUGAGAGGACGGGGGAAAAUUGGAAUCAGACAGACAGACUCACUGCCCCAGAUGCUGAUAGUUUCGCAUAUUUCGGCUUUUCCGUUGGGCUUGCUGCAGAUACCGCUAUUAUUGGUGCGAUUCGGGACGAUGAAGCUGGGAAUGAUUCCGGUGCUGCUUAUAUUUUCGUCCGAAACCAAUUCGGGUGGGCACCUCAAGCGAAACUUAUCGGAAACAAUACCGAAGCGGAAGAUAACUUCGGAUAUGCCGUUGAUGUUGACGGGGAUUUUGCCAUUGUGAGCUCACCUAAAAACAAAGGUGGUGGUUCUGCUUACAUCUAUAAGCGCGAAGGGAUCGAAUGGAAGCAAAAAAGAAACCGCAUCCGUAUCCGUAUGAUUCCAAUUGACCCGGAUGGCGCGACUGGUUUCGGUGUUUCUGUUGACAUCAAAGGGGAAACCGCUGUCAUUGGCGCGACGGGGGGCAAUGUUGGUAAAGAUGUCGUCGGUGCCGCAUACAUCUUUACGCAAAAUGAACCUCCAUUUUGGAAUCAACACACAAAGUUGGUCGCGGGUGAUAGAAGCGGCGGUGACCAGCUCGGAUUCGCUGUCGCGAUCGGUGAAAACGAAGUUAUCGCCGGCGCACCAAGGCACAACGCUGGUGGAUUAUCCUCCGGUGCCGCAUAUAUCUUUGAACAAAGGGAAGGUGCCUCGUGGGUAGAGAAUGCCAAAUUGAGUGAUGGCGAAACCGCUUCAGAAGAUCAGUUCGGCGUAUCUGUUGCUAUAAGCAGUAACUUGGCUAUCUCUGGUGCUCAGCAAGACGAUGACAUUGCACCUAACGCGGGUGCCGCGUACAUCUUUGAGCGUGCCGGCGCGCUCUGGCUACAACGCGCAAAACUUACCACUGACGAUGCAAAGGCUGGGGAUCUGUUCGGAAACGCUGUUGCAAUGGAUGGUCAAACGGUCCUUGUUGGCGCACCCGGCGUUGAUGAUGCAGGACCGGAAGCCGGCGCAGUGUAUGUUUUCGUCCAGGUCGGCGAUGAGUGGAUCCAACAGGCAAGAUUAAUCGGUGCCGACAUCGGAAUCUUUGAUCGGUUCGGAUCUGCCGUUGCGGUACAUGAAAAUACCGCUAUCGUCGGGACACACGGAAAAGACGAAGUCGGCGCGGAUUCCGGUGCCGCAUACGUCUUUGUCCGAAACGGAGCCGCUUGGACACAGCAAGCGAAACUGACCCACCGAGAUGCUGUACCGGGGGAUCUAUUCGGUUUUACUGUUUCCGUCUAUGGUGAUAAUGUCCUCAUCGGUGCCCAUCGGAGCGACGCAGCGGGACCCGAUUCAGGCGCAGCCUAUCUCUUUACACGUAAUGGCGGCACGUGGACACAAGACAUCCGGUUUAUUCCAAAUGAUAUUGGCAUUGGUGACGAAUUCGGUUACGCUGUCAAUUUAACCAAAGGUGCCGCUAUCAUCGGCGCACCUAAAGAAGAUCGAAGCUUGACGACAUCGGGGCCGCUUAUGUUUUUGUGGAGACACGAGAUUCUUGGGUACAACAGGCGAAGUUAG